AUGAAGUCCUGGGUUCAUUUCCCAGCCUCACAUGAACCUGGGCAUGAAAUAUAUAUUUGCAGUGCUGCAGGGCAGUGGGACAGGGUGACUCUUGAGUGUCGAGAUCCUGCAGCAGUGCUGAGCAGGUUUCUAAGCCUGUGCUACUGGGAACUGGCCAAAAACUGGAUCCCUACAUCCAGCGUGAAGGGCACCGUGGGGGCCAUAGGAUGGCUAUGGGCCUCAGACUGGCCGCUGGUCCUGGACUGGGUGCCGUCCAUCAAUAGCAAGUUUAAGAAGGGUGAUUAGGCAGCCCCUCCUCCCCCCACAAGCCUCACUGGUGUCACGCCCACUCCCUUAGAGACAGCUUAGCUCUGUGGAGGAUGCUGAGGAAGCCGCACACUGAGGAAGCCCACAUCACUCCAGGGGAGCAUCCACAUUGAUGGACAUGGGGCGGCCUUGAUGGGGGCAGCAUUAAACCUUGUACUUAUACUCGGUGGGGGGGGGGGCAGGGAGAAGUAUGUAUUCCUCAGUGUGAGCUGCUCAGCUUGCAUGUUGCUUGUAUGUGUAUUGUCAGGGCUGACCGUUUAUAUUAGUUAACCAAGUGCUGUGCUUCCCUGAAGCAGACUCCAUCCAGCUCUUCCUGUAAUUCUUUGUGUAGGUUGAGGCCUCAUGAACUUUCCCUGUCCACGUUGACACCAUAGCAUAUUAUUUAAAAAUGUGGUUUAGGGGCUGGAGAGAUGAUGGCUCAGAGGUUAAGAGCACUGUCUGCUCCUCCGGAGAGCUGGAGUUCAAUUUCCAACAACCACACAGUGGCUCACAACCAUCUGUAAGGAGAUUUGGUGAUCUCUUCUGGCCUGCAGGCAUACAUGAAGGCAGAACGCUGUAUACAUAGUAAAUAAAUAAAUCUUUUAAAAAUGUGGUUUAAUAUCUGCAUACUUGAUUGUGCUGUGUUCCUUCUGGAUGGCUUGAUGAUUCCAAGUUUUAUUUCAGAGAUAGCACAAUGAUGGCCUUUCUGUGCUGCAGUUAAAGGAGGUGUGAGCUAAUGGGGGCGGCUGUCACUGCGACUGAGUAGUUGAGCCUUUGGGAGUUCUAAAGGGUGCUCAAGCGCGGUUUCUCAGUAUAUGGAGAGCUUCUCUCUCUCUCUCUCUCUCUCUCUCUCUCUCUCUCUCUCUCUCUUUCUCUCUCUCUCUCUCUCUCUCUCUCUCUCUCUCUCUCUCUCUCUC